AUGUCAAAAAUCGCUUCAUCUCAGGUUCGUGAACACGUCCAAAAGUUAUUGGAAUUCUCUAACGAAACCAAGAAGAGAAACUUCUUGGAAACCGUUGAAUUGCAAGUUGGUUUAAAAAACUACGACCCUCAAAGAGAUAAACGUUUCUCUGGAACUUUAAAAUUACCUCAGGUUCCUAGACCUAACAUGACCAUCUGUAUCUUUGGUGAUGCCUUUGAUGUAGACAGGGCCAAGUCUGUCGGAGUUGAUGCUAUGUCUGUUGACGACUUGAAAAAGUUGAACAAGAACAAAAAGUUGAUCAAGAAAUUAGCAAAGAAGUAUAACGCUUUUAUUGCUUCUGAAGUUUUGAUUAAGCAGGUUCCAAGGUUGUUAGGUCCUCAAUUAUCUAAGGCUGGUAAGUUCCCAACCCCAGUUUCUCACAAUGAUGACUUGUAUAGUAAAGUCACUGAUGUUAAAUCCACCAUCAAGUUUCAAUUGAAGAAGGUUUUGUGUUUGGCUGUUGCAAUUGGUAAUGUUGAAAUGGAAGAAGAUAUCUUAGUUAACCAAAUUAUGAUGUCUGCUAAUUUCUUGGUUUCCUUGUUGAAGAAGAACUGGCAAAAUGUUGGCUCAUUAGUCAUUAAGUCGACCAUGGGUCCCUCUUUCAGAAUCUACUAG